CGAAAUGAUCGCAAGCUUAACAGGUUCAUAUUCUGAAUAAAAACAUCUCGACAAUAUGGUUUUAUUUACUGGUGCCUUUGUUGUGCUUUUGCUGGCCUUUCCUUCUAGCGCGUUAAGUGAAUCUGGUAUAAGAUGUUACUCACCUGUUGGGGACGAAGGCCUUUGUAUAUCUGCCAACCAAUGUCCAGCAGUGAUUGAUAUUUUAAAGAAAUAUAAAGGCAGGCUUCCGCGUAGAAUACACCAUCAGAUUAGAGAAUUGGCCUGUGAUGGCGAGAAGGGUGCAAGAUAUCCAAUCUGUUGUCCUACUGUUUCGAUGCCCAAUGUUGGUGGUGAAGUACUCCAGCAGCCGAAGAAUCUAAGCUACAUAGAUCCCAAAGGAAUGGAAAUUCUCGAAGCUGUCACCGACUGUGGAGAACGAACAGAAAAUCUCGGAAGUCGUGUAUUGGUGAGCAAUGGAGAGUUAACUCGAAAAGAAGAAUUCCCCUGGAUGGCGCUUUUGAAGUACGAAACCUCAGGGCAGCAUUUUCUUUGUGCCGGCAGCUUGAUCACCGAUCGGUUUGUCUUAACUGCAGCCCACUGUAUCACAGCUUCUGCCAAUAUAAUUGCCGUUCGCAUGGGAGAGCAUAAUCUUGGCAUUGAAAAUGAUUGUUUAUCUGAUACAGAUUGCCUCCCAUCUUAUGAGGAAUUUGGUGUCGAGGAUAUUCGCCGACAUCCCAAAUAUGAAAGGCAUACCAAUAGCUAUGAUAUAGCGCUGAUCAAGCUGAAUCGAUCGGUCACAUUUAGACCUAACAUCAGGCCGAUCUGUCUGCCCAUUGAGAGCAAAUCUCAAAAUAUUGACGAUGAUCAGAGCUUCUACAUCGCUGGUUGGGGUAAAACCGAGAAAAGAAUGCCUUCUCCUAUUCUUCUAAAGGCGUUGGUUGUUCGUCAACAUCUGGAUGUAUGUCGAAAAUACUAUAAGACUGGCACCUUCACUGAAAAUCAUAUUUGCGCCAUGGGCUAUAACAAGCAGGAGACGUGUCAAGGUGACUCAGGUGGUCCGCUUUUCUUUCGACAUUAUUUCAAGACGACAACACGCUUUAUACAGUAUGGCAUUGUAUCUUUUGGAGGUCAAUCCUGUGGCAUCAACGAAAAUCAACCUGGCGUAUUUGCCUCGGUUCUGGACAUGUUGCCUUGGAUAACACAGAAUCUCUAUUUACGCGGCAUCUGGCAGAUAGAUCUAUAUUUAGUAUUUUUAUUGGAAAAAGUCUUGGACAGGAUGCAGCUAUUUAUAGGCACAUUGGCCAUUGUCUUGUUGGCCAUUCCCAAUCUGGUGAUCAGUCAGUCGGGCAGUGGCUGCUACACAACAAACGGCGAACAAGGCCUUUGUGUGCCUCUCCAGAAAUGUCAAUUUGUGCGUGAUCUGCUCAUCACCUUCGGACGCAAUCUGCCACGCUCGAUACAGAAUGAGAUUCGGCAAGAGUCCUGCUAUGGCGGACAGGGAGCACCUUUCCAUAUGUGCUGUCCCAGGGGUGCCGUCUUGGAACCCCAAAGCAGUGGCCCCAAAGAAACACCGACACCACCUCAAAAAAAAUCACCGGGUAAUGGGCAACAGACCACUCAGAAUCUCCGAUACAUCGAUCCCCAAGGCUUGGACGUCCUCAACUCUGUCACGGAGUGCGGUAAGAAGAGCAACAUCAAGCUGAGCCACGGUGAGCCAACCAAGAUUGGUGAAUUCCCCUGGCUGGCGCUGUUGAAGUACGCAAAGUCAGGGAGACCUUUUCAAUGUGGCGGAAGCUUGAUCACCGAUCGCUUUGUCUUAACUGCCGCUCACUGCACCAGAGGUGUCUUUGAUCUCGUUGGCGUGCGUCUUGGGGAACACAAUCUCGCGACUGAGGUAGAUUGCCAGGUGUUUGGCGGACGCCGCAGAGAAUGCUUGCCACCUUAUGAGGAGUAUGACAUUGAGGAGAUACGCGCACAUCCCAACUCGGGAGCGGGUUCCAUCGGCUACGAUAUUGCCCUACUCAAACUGGAUCGCACAGUUACAUUUAAGAUUCACAUCAAACCCAUCUGUCUGCCCAUUGACCGAACUUCCCAGGAUAUUGCCUACGAUCAGAGUUUCUUCAUCUCCGGUUGGGGCACCACAGAGAACAACGAACCAUCAGAUGUGCUGCUCAAGGCGGUGGUCAAGCGCAAAGAUCUCGAUGUGUGCCGCAACUACUAUGCGGAAGCUCCAGUGACUGAAAAUCAUAUUUGUGCAGUGAGCGAAGAUACUCAACACACCUGUCGUGGAGACUCUGGUGGUCCGGUCUUCUUCCUGCAUGCCUUCAAGCAAACAGCGCGCUAUGUGCAGUAUGGCGUUAUCUCAUUUGGAGGUCAACGCUGUGGCAUCCACCAGAAUGAACCAGGUGUGUUUGCCUCGGUUUUGGAUAUGUUGCCCUGGAUCACACAGAAUCUCCAAUGAUGAUCGCACCUAAUGAUGUUGACACUUAUUAUUAUUUAUUCUAACAUUAAGUUAUCGAUGCCAUUGCCACAGUCUGUUGUAGACAUUGUUUUUUUAAAUUACCUAGUUUUAAGUAUUGUAAAAUAAAUUGUGAAUGCAUAUGAAAAUGAA